CGCUCGGCACCGGCCGAGGAAGAUGGCGGAGCCGGGGUCUGCGCGCAGCUACCCGCGGGCGGCAGCCAUUGAUGGAUUUCUAAAAACCGAUGAAAGACAAAGACUGGCAAAGGAGAGGAGAGAAGAAAGGGAGAAAUACCUUGCUGCUAGGGAGCAGCAGAUACUGGAGAAGGAGAGAAGGGCAAAACUUCAAUAUGAAAAGCAAGUGGAGGAACGAUGGAGAAGACUGGAGGAACAGAGACAGAGAGAGGAGCAGAAGAGAGCAGCCGUUGAAGAAAAGCGGAGACAAAAGCUUAAAGAGGAGGAGGAACGUUUAGAAGCCAUGAUGCGUCGCUCCCUUGAACGCAGCCAGCAACUGGAACAGAAGCAGAAACGAUGGUCGUGGGGAGGAGCACUGGCUGCAGGCUCAGGAGGGAGAGAUGCGUGUGACAAACUUUCAGCUUCUACAAUGAAUCUGCCAAAGCAAAUGGAGUCACCAAUCAGUAAGCGCCUCUCCUCCUCCACAGCGGCAAUAACACAUUCCCCUGACAGAGCUCACCGCAUGCAUCUUAGUCCAAUGGAAAACUUUAUUGUUUCUCGACUGCUGACUCCCACACAGUCUUCUUUAGCCAGAAGCAGGAGUACAUUAAUGCUUUCUGAGCAGUACAAUAAUCCAGUAUUCCAUAUCUGUCCUCGUGUAGCACCAGCUAGUCCUCUUAAAUCUCCCUACAAGCCUUCCCCCACACGAAGCACAGACAGAAAGAAGGCAACUUCACCCUCCACUUCUGAUGCCAUGAAAGGGGCGACUGCAGCUGAAGUCACUCAGACCGAGAAGAUAAAGAAAGAGAAGAGACCAUCAACACCUGGUUCAUCAUCUGGUAUGGGAUCUCCUCUAAGAAGGUCUGAUUCUCCUGCUGCCCUGUCUAGAAGAUCUGCAUCACCUGCAACACCUAAGACAGUUGCAAAGACUUAUCCUCAGUCUCCCAAAAAUGCCAAACAAUAUCCAGCUUCACCUGUGAAGCAUCGUGCCACUUCUAAUCUCAGCCAGGAAACUCCUAAAAAGAAAGCAGACAAGGAGAAGGAGAAUAUCAGUCAUCAAAAAUCCUCAGGAACACGCACUGAUGAGGCAGGUCAGGCAGCUUCUGAGAAGCAUGUGCCUUCUGCAGGAAAGACUGAAAAUAGUGAAGGGAAGCUCACAGCAGGAACAACUGAUGCAGAAGAAGCUUCAAAAAUUCUAGCAGAGAAAAGGCGACAGGCACGCCUGCAAAAAGAACAAGAAGAAAGGGAGAGACAAGAAAGAGAAGAGCGGGAGAGGCUUGAAAGAGAAGAGCAGAAAAGAAAGGCAGAAGAAGAAAGACUUCGUCUAGAGGAAGAAGCUCGUAAGAAAGAGGAGGAAAGAAAACGUGAAGAAGCAGCAGCUAGAAAAAAGGCAGAAGAGGAAGCCAGGAGGAGAGCUGAGGAGGAGCAAAUGUUAAAAGAAAAGCAAGAAAAAGAGCUCCAAGCCAAACUUGAGAAACAGAAGGAAGAAGCAGAAAUCAAAGCCCGUGAGGCAGCUGAACAACUUCGUCUUGAAAGGGAACAAAUUAUGCAGCAAAUUGAGCAAGAAAGACUGGAGCGGAAGAAGAGAAUAGAUGAAAUAAUGAAGAGAACAAGAAGGAGUGAAACACCAGAAAUAAAGAAAGAGGAGCCAAAACUGGAGAUACCAUCAACUUUGAAUGUGGAAAAGCAACCAAAAGCCCUUGUUCUCAGCCAACCAGAGAUCAAUGGAUUGGCAACCUGCCUGAAAAAUAAAAGCUCAGAAACUGCUGCCUCUGUAAUCCCUUCCCAAGAUGUAGUUGCUAAUGGACUUAAGUCAGUCUCAGGACUUAUUCAGCUGGAAGCUGUUGAUGGGAAAACUAAUAGCACAGAAGAUUCAACAGAUGAGGUUCAGUCUAUGGAUGUGAGCCCAGUUUCAAAAGAAGAGCUCAUCUCUAUCCCUGAAUAUUCACCCAUGAAUGAACUCAUGCCCAGUGUUUCUUUGGACCAAAAUGGGACAAGUAAUGCCAAGGCUCUUGAAGAUCUUUUGGAUUUUACAGGCCAAGCUACUUACUCCAAAAUAUCCAGUGAAACGAUUAGCCUAGAUGACUGUAACAAAAACUUGAUUGAGGGAUUUAACAGUCCAGGACAGGAAAAUACACUUAAUUCUAUCUGUUGACAACCUCACUUUUCUGCAAAACAGAUAAAGAGGCAGAAGUUUGUGGAGGAUGUCUAUCCCUGUGAUGCUACUGGCAGUAAAAUAAGAGCUUGUCACUUGAAAAAGCUUCUGCAGUCCUUGAACACUGGAUUUCAAAUAAUCAGAGUGGAAUAUAACUUUGUCUUCCCAUGGGAUACGUUGAAUAACUGGCUGCUUUUGGUAGAAACCAGUGAUUUAGAGCCAUGGUAGUUUCAGGGAAGACUUGAGUGUGCAUUAGAAUUCGAGCUUUAGCUGCUAAUAAAGCACUUAUUUCUUCUUUUAAUUUAAAAUUCACCUGAACAUGUCACUGUGAUUUAUUUUCACUGUGCAUUUUAUUUUACAGUUAUUCUUACUUAAGUUUUCUCGUUCAUCUAUUUAGAUCUUUUUCUUGUAAAUAAUGAUGAGAUUUGCCCACAGUGCAUUGAAGUGAAAUAUACUGUAUUUUAGUUUUGUGCCUUUUUUUUUUUUUCCUCUGUUAAUAAGGACUUCUUGGCAACUUUUAUGCAGGUGUAUAAUUCAAAGCUAUAGCUGAAGAGGCAUGAAAAGUAUACAACUGCUGGAAUCAAAAAGCCUUCUUAUUAACUGUGGAGUGUAGGAGUUAUCCCGUUAUGAUUAUGUUGACAUUUUUAGUCACUAGUGGCAGUUACUGGUUAAUGCUAAUAGUCCUGGAGCGACUAUCACUUAUGUGUUAAAAUCAUACUUGUUGUAACACCUGUAAACAAUGUAGGCAAAAUGCCUAGUAUAAUCCCUUAAUAUGUAUUGUAUUACUGUAGUAGAUCCAAAUGAGUAUGUCAAGGGGGUCAGAUAACGCGUUAAUCUUCGGAGACACAGACACUUGGUUAAUACCAGCAGGCUUUCAAUCAUGUGGAGAAAUAUUUUGUCUUCCUAUAGGCUCAGCAACAACAAAAUAUAGUUAGCAGCAAAACAAUAUAAAAAUGUUGCAGCAGAACUACAAAAGCAGAGAGAGACACAGUGAACACUGCUAGCCUCCUUAGUAUUCUAUAAGCAUCUGUAUGGAAAAAUUCACAUCAAGAAUGUAUAAUGUGUAGACAUUAUGUGCCAUACAAUAUUAAUUUGAUUUCUGUUGGUGAACUAUGAUAAGUUUUAUGCUAGAUCAUGUGCUGCUUUGAGGACAUUUUUGUCCAGUUCCUUAUUUAAAAAAAAUUAAAAAAAAAAAGAGAGAGAAGAAAGAAAGAAAUAUACAAAUCUGCUUGGAAAAAAAAAACACAAAAAAGUGAAAACAUUUUUUUUUUUUUAAUAUGUAAGAGAGUUCACAGUAUAGCCUGAACUCACUUGUAGCCCUGUUCUUGUGCUUUUCAAAGCCAGCAACAGGAAAGUAACCAAUGAAAUUGUGUGUGAUAAAGAAAGCAUACCUACAACAGUACAGCUCUAUUUAUGUUAGUGUACUUCAGAAAAAACAAUUCUUUUGACUGUGCAGUAAGCUGUAGCAUGAUACUGUGUCUUCCAAACUGUGCUACAUUUAUUUCUUAAAUAAAAAACAAACAAAAA